AUGAUAGUCUUGGAGGACAAAUCCCGCGAGGUCAAGUCUCAAGACAGCAAAUCGACCCUCAGGCGUCCUAAGCUGUGGGCGUCGACAACAAACAGACGCAGCACAAGCAAAGCACUCGUAGACAAACUCAAGCCUUUGGCCGGAAGAGAGGAUGAGUACUAUAGCAAGCCCGUUUUCUAUGGCACAAAGAUCAAAGGUCUUGAGCAGACCCUACGAACUUCAAAAUCGAGGGCAAAGUUUAGGCAGGAGGGACGCGCAAAGGCAGACUUGCGCAAGGAGGAGAGAAAAAGAGAACAGGAGCGCGAGAAGCGGCGUCGAGAACUCAGACGUCUCAAAGGACAGCAGGAGAAUGACAGAGCGUGUACGGAAGAGAGCUCAGUCGGUCACAUAGAUGACGCCGAGGACAUUGAUCAUUAG